AGCUCCUUCCACCAUUCUACAGUAGGAACGGUAUCGCGCUCAGUGCAAUGAAUCUAGCUUUAGGUUCAGCACUGAACAGCUCCUUCCACCUUUCUCCCUGCCUUACAAAUGACUGUAUCGUGAUUGACACUGGAGCUGCCCAUACACAGCCCAAGAAAGACAAAGUAUACCUAUAGGACUAUUGUGGGAGGAGGAUGAGAGCUGUACGUGUUUGGCUGUGGCAAAGUGUAGUUAAAUCCUUUCACAAGCAGCAGAAGGCGGAGUAUAUUUCUUAAGCUUAUCUAAGUACUCAAUUAGCAGGUCGCAUUUUCUCCCCACUAGGCACAAACAAAAAGCCUCAAAUGCAUUGUUCCUGAAUGUGUCUCAUGGCUUUGAGGCGCACCGUGGAUGAGCCGGCGCAGUAUUACCCGGGCGAUGAAGGUAUUAGAGGGAGAAGCAUCCGGGAAUAUGCGCUCACAUAGCUCUCUCUCUCUAGUGCAUCUCUCAAGACGAUGGUCGAGGAUGGGGAUACAGACGUAAGCAGUCUAACUAUAGCUCCUGUGCUAGAUGGGAUGUAACCUGCACAGAUCAAGGCGGCUGUCUGCAUAAUUCCUGCUGGAAACCUGCUGUGGAAGACGGAGUAUUUACAGUAUCUCUCCCCCUGUUUUUUUAACUGACCACAGGUGAUACCGUUAAGCCUGGAUGGAUGCAGCAUAGACAUACGAGAGAGGAGAUAUCUGCAACCCGAUGGACACAACUGAUUAAGUUCAUUUGGAUUUGCAGAUCAUGAUCAUGGCUCAUCUUGUGAUGGUUCUCUCCGUCUUGCUUGCCCAUGUCUGUUUGCUGUUAGCGUCUAGCCAAGACCUGGAAGGGCGUUCGGCUCGUCAGGAAGAGCACAAGAUGAUAACCAGGGAUAAACAGCCCAUCUAUAACCAGCCCAGGGACCUGGACCACUCAUCCCUGUGGGUCAGAGCAACGGAGAGCAGCGUCAUGGCGCAAAAUCUGGCGGAGGAUUUGCCUAAGCAUGUGGCUUCUUUCCUGUACACCGGGGAUUCUAAUGAACUCAGGAAAGCCGAUUGCUACAAGCGAUAUGAGUUAUCCAGUCUAUCAGUGAUUUCUCCCAUAACCACUCACCACUCUUUGCACGGCUCUGUCGAGGUACUUGUCCAUUCCGCCAACUUUUUAAACAUGAUGUUACAAAGCAAUAAAUCUAAAGAACACACCUCGCAGAGAGACUUGGAGUGGUACAGUGCCCUAAUAAGAAGUAUCUUAGAAGGAGAGCCGAGUAUUAUGAGGUCUGCAAUCACUUUUAAUAUGGACCAACUGUCCCAGAUCCCUCAGGUAUUCCUCCAAGCCACACGGGAGGAAAAUAAAAUCCUCCUCCAAGAUCUAUCGUCCACAGCUCAUCAUCUGCUUAAUGCCACACAGGAAACUGACUGGUUCCACACAUUCAAACACAAGUGGAGGCCUCACCAGCAGAAGAGGUUUUUAAACGGUGCUAAAACUUUGGAUGACAGCUGGAGGAAGGGGACAAGCUUCCUAACUGACAAAAGUCAUGUCAAGUGGUCAUCCCCUUUUCUACAGUGUGAACAUGGGAAAUACAAACCCAACUGGCUUCUUACCCUCUCUGCUGCAUUUUAUGGUCUUAAGGCAAACCACGUUCGAGAAUUCAGGGGAGUACUUAAAGUGGACCUAAACCUGCAGAAAACGGACAUUGACCAGUGCUCAAAUGAUGGGUGGUUUUCUGGCACUCACAGAUGUCAGCAUAACAGCUCAAAGUGUAUACCAAUUAAGGGUCUUGGAUUUGUUCUUGGAGCCUACAAAUGCAUUUGCAAGCCUGGAUUUUAUCAUCCUGACAUGUUUUCAGUGAAUGGCUUUCAAAGGCAGAAUGUGGAUAAUCAUUUAUCUAGAGGAGAAAUAUCUGAAGAAGAAUAUAAGUGUCUACCCUGCAGGGAAGGUUGUUCGUACUGUACGGCUGAUGCACCCUGCUAUGCGCAGGAGGACAAGUAUUUACGAAUUGCUGUCAUCUCGUUCCAAGCUUUCUGCAUGCUGCUAAACUUCAUAAGCAUGCUAGUGGUCUACCAUUUCCGCAGAGCAAAGAGCGUCAGAGCUUCAGGACUUAUCCUACUGGAGGCUAUUUUGUUUGGCUCGCUUCUCCUCUACUUCCCAGUUGUUAUCUUAUACUUUGAACCAAGCACAUUCCGAUGCAUUCUCCUCAGAUGGGUUCGUCUCUUGGGCUACGCUACUGUCUACGGAACAGUGACACUGAAGCUGUACAGAGUCCUGAAAGUGUUUCUCUCUCGUACUGCCCAACGCAUCCCUUACAUGACCAGCUGUAGAGUCAUGCGGAUGUUGUCUGUGAUUCUCUUACUGGUGCUGUGGUUUCUCGUCGCCUGGACAUCUGCUGUUUUCCAGAACAUGGACCGAAACAUCUCCCUUAUUGUUCAAGGGGAAACCUCUGACCACCUUCAAUUUAAUAUGUGUCUGAUAGAUCGAUGGGAUUACAUGAUGGCUGUUGGUGAAUUUUUAUUUCUUCUUUGGGGUGUUUACCUCUGUUACGCGGUACGAACAGUCCCAUCAGCAUUCCACGAGCCACGCUACAUGGCUGUUGCCAUUCACAAUGAGCUGAUUAUCUCAGCUAUAUUCCACACUAUUAGGUUUGUCCUGGAAGCAAGACUUCAGCCAGACUGGAUGUUGAUGCUGUUUUUUGUUCACACUCAUCUCACUGUGACUGUCACUGUGGGGUUAUUGUUAAUACCGAAGUUUUCACACUCACAUAACAACCCAAGAGAUGACAUCGCUGCUGAGGCCUACGAAGAUGAACUAGACAUGGGCAGAUCUGGAUCCUACCUAAAUAGCAGUAUCACAUCGGCAUGGAGUGAACACAGCUUGGACCCAGAGGAUAUAAGGACACAUGAUGAAACUGACCAGGGCCGAUCUAGCAGCAGUGGUUGUGCUAGCAGUGUUGGGGGCAGACAUACUCAAGAUGAGUUGAAGAAACUAUAUACGCAGUUGGAGAUUUACAAGCGGAAAAAGAUGAUUGCAAAUAAUCCACACCUUCAGAAAAAGAGGUGUUCUAAAAAAGGACUGGGGCGGUCAAUUAUGAGACGGAUAACAGAAAUCCCAGAGUCAGUCAGCAGGCAGUGCUCUCGGGAAGAUAAAGAAGGUGCAGAUCAUAGUCAUCAAAAAAAUAACACUACUAACACAAAAAAAAAUCACCAGGAUUCAAAUGCACAUAAUACAAAAUCAAAAGAAGACUCAAAACAUAGAACAUUUUCACUGAAAAAGUCCCAUAGCACGUAUGAUCAUUUAAGGUCACAGAGCGAGAAACCUAAUGGAAUUUCUACAGAAAAUAUUGAUAUUUGUGAAAAUUCCAUAAGGAACUCUGUGAAUGGCAAAAAGCCUGGUCACCAGGAGGCUGAAAACCUGGAAGCCGUGUCUGCUGAAUCACUACUCUUGGUCUGCAAGUCUGCGAGUGCUCACAAUCUCAGCCUGGAUAAGAAACCGUUGCACCCUAGUUUGUCGGUUUUACAAAAGUCACUUAGUGUCAUUGCUAACUCUAAAGAUAAAAGCCUAGGGCUAAGUGAAAAGACCAAAAGUUUAGAAGAUCCUAAUAAAUAUCAAAGAGUAGACUCAAUUGACAAGGGAGGUCAGAAAUCUGCUCCUUGUUCAGACAAAGAGGACAAUAUAGAACAACAGCAUAGAACAUCAAGCCCUGUUGAGGACCCUCUAAAAGUCCACAAAAUCGGAAUAAUGAAGCAACAGCCAAUUAACUUGAUGUUGGGGGAUGCUGAAAAAGCAACAGGUGCCCUUGGGUUUAAAGACAAAUUUGAUAUAGAAGAAGUAUGUCCUUGGGAAAUGUACGAUCUUACACCCACUGCUGUGCCUUCUGAAAGCAAAGUUCAGAAACAUGUUUCGAUUGCUCCCUUGGACUCUGAAAAGAAUCACACAUCACGUUCUAAGAGCAAAUCCCACAAUCGAUCAAAGACAACUGAACAAGGACACCAUCAAUCAAAGCAGAAGAGCCUAGGUAGAUCUGACUUUAAUGAAAAGGACAACCAUGAACAGACCAGUAGAGAUGAAAGAGCAAAUAAACCUCAACCCAUUGAUCCCGGAAAGACAGAUCAAGGGGUGAUAAUAAAACAAACUGCUUCUAGUUCACAAGAAAAAGAGCACAAAAUAAAUCCUCCUGUCAUUGAGGGAAAAUUACCACCACCAGAUGGCCACUAUAAUUCCAAUAACAAUGUGCCACACACUUUAGCUCUUCAGGCAGAAAUAUGUCCAUGGGAUUUUGAAUCGCAGGAUACAUUAAGUGUAAACAGAAGUAAAGCUUCACCUACCAGCUCUUCUUUAAGCCCCUUAUCUCCUAAAGACAUGCCAAAAUCUCCUUUUAAAAAGAUGGCAACAGAAAUGUCAAUAAAAAGUAUAGCAGCAUCUGCAAAAAAAGAUGAUGCUACUGAGAAGGAUACAGAUCGAAACAAAGGCCAUGAAAAAGACUUGGAUCCAAAAAGUUUGAUUGUUAAGAUGGAUAAGUCAAAAAGUGCAGAAGUUUGCUCCACGGUUGGAGACAAUAUGUUGGCGGUAUCAGUAAACAAAGGCAAAAGUACCUCAAACCAACAUGGCAUAGAUAAAUGCAAACUAGUAGAAGUGUGCCCUUGGGAAAGUCUAUCUACUUCUCAAUCAGAACAAGAUACUGAAGUAUCUGACAGUAAAAAUAACAAGGUAGUGCAAAAUUCAAAUAUGGUGGACAUUUGUCCCUGGGACUAUCAUGAUAACAGUGAUGAAAAAUAAAGAUGUCAAAAUAGUAGACCUCCAGUUUUAAUGAAAAACUCUAAGCGAGAAAGAAACAGUUGAUGGGAUAUAUCACUUGUCAUAUUUAAACCUAAUACCACUUCUAACUUAAUGCAUCCCCAAAAAUACGUUUUAUAAACUGACUGCUCUCAUUUUCUUAUUAGUGUAUAUGUUUCUUGUACACGGUUGUCUCCCAUGUUAAAGCAUUCCAGAUUGUAUAAUAUUUGAAGAUAACUUUGAUAUAUUGUGACACAAAACAUUUAUGCAAGUUUGCAGAUAUUGUAUUGAUAUUGCAACCAAAAUACCUACUAUAACUUAUGUUUAUAGAGUUUCUGUAACUUUUCACUUGGCUUUGGAAGCCACCUAUUGUAUGACAACUAUUUUUGUUUGAUGUGGUUUAUAUUGUGAUUUUAUUUAUUUAUUAAUUUUCUUGUUCACCUCGGUAUUUUAUUCAGUACUCUAGUUUGAUACUGUUUAUUCAGGGUUUUCUUAUUUUUAACAAAAGGAAUGUUACAGUACCUGUUCAGCUUAUUUACAUAUAGAAAUAUAUACUGUAUAUUUAGUGUUUAGAGCCUUAGAUUUAGUAGAAAUCAAAUGGUCCUUCUUAUAAAUUAAUUUUUUUGUUGCUCAGAGGACAACUUAUUCAUUGUUUGCAGUUUCAACUAUUUUAUUCAUAAUUAUGCUAUUGUGUCUUGGUCAGAUGUAGACCCCAUUACUGUACCUUAUUUUACCUUACCUUAAUGUAGGUCAUAUUUAUUGGGUCUACCUAAAAUAUGUGCACUAUUCAUUUUUUCUCAUUUAAUCUCAUGGGAAAAAUCACAUGAAUGUUGAACCUUAGUGAUGGAAAUGAUUGCACUUUUUAAUGGUAACAGUUGAAUAAUGUGGGUGACAUUAUGCACAUGAAGUACAUCCAUUAUGUUAGUUUGUUCAGCAUGGAUGUUCUCAGCAAUCCAAAGCCUGCUGCAUGCUCUUUAUUUGCAUUUUGAUAAGAAUAAUAUUUUUGCUAUUGUCAGUGUCACCCAAAGACAUAUGUCUGUGUACUUGAGAUAUUUACUCUAAUCUAGAUACCAGCCCUGCCCCUAACCAACUGAAGAAUAUUCUAACUGACAAUAUCAUGAGAUCAACAUAUUUUUCCUUUACAUUGCAAGACAUUGAUCUCUGUAUAAUAAAUACUCACAAAUUGUAGUUUUAUUGUUACUUGAUUAGCAUUGUUCCCUUUUUUAAUUAGACUCCAUCUAACAUUCACUUCUAACUCUCUGCUCGUUUAUAUCUGUUCAAUACCUUUGUCUUUAUUGUACUGUAUAUACAACCAUGCCUUUAAACUGAGACCGAUGAUCUGGAGGCAAACAGUAGCUAUUAGUCAUACAGUAACUACUGAACACAUAACGGAUGAUGUACAGUGGGAAGCAUAUUGCACCAGAAUGCACCAGAGAAAUAUGCAUUUUGCGCAGUUUCAAAGUUCAGUGCAUCGCAAAAUGGGUCAAGCUCUGUAAAGGUAGCAUCUGCACCAGUUUUGUGCAAAAAGAAAACAGUAUUAUAUAGGCCAGGCUGACGCUAGCAUAACACAGAAGCUUAUGGGCCUGGUUUACUCUAGGAGAUGCGACUUGACAGUGUUAGUAGUAAAUGCUAGUUACAGAACACAAUUUUUACACAAUAUAGUACUUUAAUGGAACAUUAUUUACAGUGUUGUUGAUUAAUAUAGAAGUUGCAUUUACCAUGCAAUCUACAAUUAAAUACUGAUGCAAAUCUGAAUAGAAGUAUUAAUCACUUUCAAUUUAUAAUACAAACAUCCGUUGUCUUUCCUUUUAAAAAUCAAAUGGAAAUCUUUUAUUCCAUGUGAUGAAUGGAAAUAUUAUACUUGUCAUCAUCAACCGGGUAUGUUUUGCCCCAGUGGCCAAACACUGGCACACUAUAUGCCCUCGGAAAAUGCAUAUGCACUUUUGUUGUGGCCUGGCUAACCAUAAGCAGUCCAAAGCACAAAAUGCCACAGAAUCUAAAUACAGAGAAAGAGACAUUUUUAUGUGUCUAUGUGCAGCACAUUUACAGUAUGUGUAUUUUGCACACUAAAAAAGAUGAUUACAUCCAGCUCUACAUGAGCCCUAUAGAGAUUUAUCUGGUGGGUAUAUAGGAAGGAGUGAGGUUACUGUAUAAUGAUUUUCUAUUGGUGGAGCAUAUGAGAUUUAAGUGCCAUCCUCUCAUUCUGCAGCAGUCUUAACUAGACAAGUCCCUAAUGUAUUUUUUGCAACCUACUGUAUAUCAGCCACUGAGGGGUUUAUUUACUAAGCGUAGGUCUCUAAAACUUGGCUCCUCUUAUCGUGUUUAUGGCCGAAAUUUUGGCCAUACACAUGAUAAUGCUUAGUAAAUAAACCUCUAAGUAAUUAUCUUUCUUAAUACGAGUUGUUGCUAAAUUGCUUUGUCUCCUGUUCAAAUUCAUUAUUGUAUCAGUCUCUCAUAUACCACACUGUAAUUUACUGAAAUCCUAAUAUCUAUCCUAAUAUCUGUGAAAAAAAGCACAAAAAUUAACUUUUAAAUUGAAUCAAUUUCCUAGCUAAUGUACUCGUAGAAGUAGUGUUUGCCACACCAAGGGUUUUUAACUUUAAUCCUUAAAUACCCACAACAGGUUAUGUUUUCAGGAUUUCUUUAAUCAUGCAGAAGUGAUUUAAUCCAAGGGCGUAGCUACCAUAGGUGCAGGCAGUGCAGCUGCUAUGGGGCCCAGAGCCUAGAGGGGCCCACUUUCCCUGUCACAAAUACAUGUGUUAUAUACAUUUUUCGCCAUUGGGUGGUAUGUAGGGGUUCUUUCAAACUUUUUCCUUGGGGCCUGCAAUAUAUCUAGGUAUGCCCCUGGACCUGCUCAUUGUAGUGUGGUAUAAAAUGAACUGGAGGACAUUUUAAUGUUAUAUAACAGGGAUGGGGAACCUUUGGCCCUGCAGCUGUUCUUAAACUAUACAUACCAGUAUGCCCUGCUACAGUUUUGCUAUUUGGCCAUGAUAAAACUGCUGCAGGGCAUGGUGGGAUGUGUAGUUCAACACAAGCUGGAGGGCAGCAGGUUCCCCACCCCUGUUAUAUAAUAUGAACCAGGGCACUGUAAUGAGGCACAAUAUGAACGGGGGGGCACUAUAUAUCAUAAUGUGAGGUACUGUGAGGCAUAAUGUGUACUGGCAGCUCUGAAAUGUGACAUAGGGUGAACUUAAGCACUACUACGAUUCAUAAAAGAAACUAGGGCACUACUAUGGGGAAUAAUAUUAAAUAAGGCUCUACUAUGGUACAGAAUAUGAACUAGGGCACUAUAAUAGGGCAUAAAAUGAACAAUUGCUGCAGAGAAGUGUCUCUCUAGAAGCAUUGGGACCUGGGGGACCUUCAGAAUGUUGCUAUGGGGCCCACAAAGUUCUGGCUACGCCCCUGAGUUAAUCUACAGUAUUUUACUUGGUCCACUCUGACCUGUUAGGGUACAGUACUUUAGAUUAGGGCCGGAUUAAGGCAGGUGGGGGCCUAGGGCAUCCGAGGUUGUGGGGGCCGCCACUAUUGCAGAGAAACAGCGUGCCUGAGCAUGGGUGUGUGAUGUGACAACAAUGGGGCAUGGCCUCCUGCACCCCCGUUUUCAUCAUGCUUGGGGCUUGUCCAGCACUUUCAGAGCUGCGGGUCAGUCCCCAGCCUCUCCUGGAGCUGACAGUUUGUAAUGACGGGCACAUGCAAAGUAGUGGUGUCAGACUCAAGAGCAUCCUCCCCAUCCUCCCCCCCUGACGCAGGACACUGCAGCCCGCAGGUGGGAAAUCGGGACAGCUGAGAGCUAUGCAAUGUGUGAGGACUCCUAGUGUGUGGGGGCCCCUGGGAUGGCCGCCCUUGUUGCCCCUCCCUUAAUCCGCCCAUGCUUGAGAUUGUCGUUGAGAAUCCCUGGGCUACAUCAACAUUUCUGAAAAUACAGUCUAUCAGUUAAGUAAACAAAAUGAACACUUUCAAUUAUGGUUAGCAUUAAUGCCUCAAAGUGCUAGGGUCAAAGGUUCCACACUGACCUGAGCCAUAUCUGUGUGGAGUUUACAUGUUCUAUGUGUGUUUGUGUGUGUUUUCUCCCAGUGCUCUACUUCCCUCCCACAGUCCACAAACAUUUUCUUAGGUUCGUAUUUGUGUGGCAGAGAAUUUAGAUUGUAAGCACCACUGGGGCAGGGACUGAUAUAAAAGAUUAAAAACAUUCCAUGUAAAGCGCAAAGUGAUAUCUUAGUAGUACUGUAUGUCAAUAAAGUUUAAGAAUAAUAAUUGUC